AGACGUCUUAACCAGGAUCAGGAGCAUGGACCACAGUGCCGAGGUGCCCCAGGAGCUGCUGGAGGAAAUGCUUUGGUAUUUCCGUUCAGAGGACGCGACUCCUUGGAACUAUUCCAUCCUGGUUCUGGCAGUCCUGGUGGUGGUGAUAGGCGCGGUCCUCCUGAGAAGGAGCAUCCUGGCAAACAGAAAUCGAAAGAAGCAGCCACAAGACAACGGAAUGCCACAAGACCUGCAUCUAGAUGAUUCCAUGAAAGAAAACAGCAGCCUGGGCAUCCUAAGAGAGACGCUGAUCUCAGAGAAGGCAGACUUGGCCCCAGGGGAAACCGAGUUGAACAAGAGAGAGACAUCAGUCGUCUUUCUACCAGACCCCCAGGAAACCGAGAGCUAGGGAGUGUGGAGAGAUCACACUGCCCCAGCCAGACACACAACUGUGAUCUGAGCCCAGCUCUGAGGCCUCCAACCCCUUAGGUUAGACAAAGCCCCACCAAGCCACCUAACUUAUUUUCAGCAGACCCAAUAAACACACUACAAUCAGA